AUGGCGUUUAUUGGGCCCACCUUUCCGUACAGCGCGGCAUCUUCCGACCGCCGGGCCCGGACUUAUGUACACGCUCUGCAUGGCCUCCUGUCGUCUGCUUGCUUUGGUACAGUGCGGCGGGCAGCGCGGUGCUGCGGGCUGAAGGAAGCAGGAGAGAACGAGGAGUGGACAUUGUAUUGGACGGACCACUCGGUCUCCCUGGAGCGCGUCAUGGAGAUGAAGCGGUUUCAGAAAAUCAACCAUUUUCCAGGCAUGAUAGAGAUCUGCCGUAAGGACCUGUUGGCUCGCAACCUGAACCGCAUGCUCAGGCUCUUCCCCGAGGAGUACAAUAUAUUUCCCCGCACUUGGUGCCUGCCAGCUGACUACGGAGGUUUCCAGAGCUACAGACGCACAAGGAAAAACAGAACGUACAUCUGCAAGCCAGAGAGCGGCUGCCAAGGGAGAGGUAUCUUCAUAACACGUAAUCCAGAGGAGAUCAAACACGGAGAGCACCUGAUCUGUCAGCAGUAUAUCUCUAAGCCUUUCCUUAUUGACGGCUUUAAAUUUGACAUGCGUAUCUAUGUGCUGGUCACGUCUUGUGACCCGCUGAGGAUUUUUGUCUACAAGGAGGGCCUGGCCCGGUUUGCCACCACGAGGUACAUCGAUCCCAGCAGCAGCAGCAGCCUGGAUGAUAUCUGCAUGCAUUUGACCAAUUAUGCUAUCAACAAGCGUAAUGAAAACUUCAUCCAGGAUGACACGAUGGGCAGUAAGAGGAAACUGUCCACCCUGAAUGCCUGGAUGACGGAAAACAGCUACAACACAACAAAACUCUGGGAAGAUAUUGACGACGUUAUUAUAAAGACUCUUAUUUCAGCUCACCCUGUUGUGAAGCACAAUUACCAAAGCUGCUUUCCGAACCACACUGCCAGCUGUGCCUGCUUUGAGAUUCUGGGUUUUGAUAUUUUGCUGGACAGAAAGUUGAAGCCGUGGCUGCUAGAGGUGAACCACUCUCCCAGCUUCACCACGGAGUCUCGCCUAGACCACGAGGUGAAGGAUGCCCUUCUCUGUGAUACCAUCAACCUGAUCAAUGUGCAUGCCUGUAACAAAAGGAAGGUGCUCAGGGAAGACAAGCAGCGGGCAAAGGAACGGCUCCUCCAGGCCCAUCAGACUCUCCGUGCAUCCAGGCGCGAGGAGUCGGAGAACAACCAGGCUGCCUGGCUGUCUCAGGCAGAGCAGUACGAGAACUCGCACCUGGGCGGGUACCGGCGCAUUUAUCCGGCGUGCGGAACAGAGAAGUACGAGCCGUUCUUCAAGCAGAGUGCCUCGCUCUUCCAGGAAACGGCGGCGUCCAAAGCCCGAGAGGCGUGUGCCAGGCAGCAACUGGAGGAAAUUCGCCUGAAAAAAGAAAAGUUGGAAGCUGUUACCAGGAAGAAGAAAACGCAGAGGAAAGAGGAGCUGCAUGGAGAGUCAGCUGGCCACAAACCCCAGAUCCAUUGUAAAACCACAGCUCCUACAGCCCGCCUCGCCUAUAGAAGCACCCGGAUGUGGGACAGAAAGCUACAGCGCCUGCAGUACGACUCUAUGCAACCCCAGGAUAUUGUGGAAGACGAGGAGAAGAAAAGAGUGAAUGCUCUGCUGCAGCGCGAGAACCUUAUCCGAGGCCUGGGCAUCAUAGAUCAGCUCUCCCAGCUGCUCCCCACAACUGGCAGGCCAGCUGACGCCCCAGGACCCUGCGCCGUUAUCCCCGAGAGCCAG